AUGGCGAGUCGUCAGCGAAAGGGCAGCGUGUAUCGUCGCCUCCCCACAGCGGGCGCAGUUGACAGGCAUGAGGGGUGUGGGUGUGGGUGUGGCUGUUGCGGUAGUGGUGGUGGUGAUGGGAGUGGCAGUGGUGGGAAGCAAGCGAACACCAGGGCCGGGAUAGCAGCAGCCCGCCAGCAGUGCUCGCAACGCACCCAGCCGGCCGCUCCAUGGGCACGGCGGCCAACGACGAGACGAGGGCGAGGGCUACAGGCUUGGCAAAGAGGGUCCAACACCGACUGCCAUGACCAUGACCAUGACCAUGACCACGACCACGACCCCGACCCAGCAGCGGCAGCACGCCUGGGCUUCGGUGCAGCUCCUCCUCAUAUCGGAGCGCCCCUCAUAUUGCCAUGGCCGCCUCGGGCCCGCCCUGUGCCUGUAAGAGCCGUCAAACGGCGUCUGGCUGGGAUGCACCCAAGUAGAGCACCCGUCCCAUCUACGACCUGA